GGGCGCGGCCGCGGCAGUCGCAGCGGGGCCAUCUUCGGCAGGCCGGCUGGCUCGGCCUGUGCAGCCGGCUCCCGCGCCCGCGCCCCUCGCCCGGCCCGAUGGCGCCGCGGCAGCUGAGCCCCUUGGUGCUGGCGCUGGGCGGCGCGGCAGCCGUGCUCGGCUCGGUACUCUUCAUCCUCUGGAAGACCUACUUCGGCCGCGGACGGGAGCGGCGUUGGGACGGAGGCGAGGCCUGGUGGGGCGCGGAGCCCGCCCGCCUUCCGGAGUGGGACGAGUGGGAUCCCGAGGACGAGGAGGACGAGGAGCCUGCGCUGGAGGAGUUGGAGCAGCGUGAGGUGCUGGUGCUGGGGCUGGAUGGCUCUGGGAAGAGCACGUUCCUGCGCGUGCUGGCCGGGAAGCCACCGCUGGAAGGCCACAUCCCCACCUGGGGCUUCAACUCUGUACGGCUGCCCACGAAGGACUUCGAGGUGGACCUGCUGGAGAUCGGUGGCAGCCAGAAUCUGCGCUUCUACUGGAAGGAGUUUGUGAAUGAGGUGGACGUGCUGGUGUUCAUGGUGGACUCUGCAGACCGGCUGCGGCUGCCCUGGGCCCGACAGGAGCUGCACAAGCUGCUGGACAAGGACCCUGACCUGCCUGUCGUCGUGGUGGCCAACAAGCAGGAUGUAAGUGAGGCCAUGAGUAUGGUGGAGCUGCAGCAGGAGCUGGGCCUGCAGGCUGUCAAUAGCCAGCGGGAAGUUUUCCUCCUGGCUGCCAGCAUUGCCCCUGCAGGAUCCGGCUUUGAAAAUCCUGGCACCGUGCACAUCUGGAAACUGCUCCUGGAGCUUCUCUCCUAGGCUUCCACCCACCUGCUCACCAGCCAGCCCUGGGGCCCCCCAUUCUGUCCCUCCUGCUUCUUCAUCCCUGGCCUGGGUCUGGGGCAUGGGCCAUGUGGCAGCACAUCCCUUCUCCUCCUCGUGUUCUCAAGAGCAGAUCCUGGGCAAGGCCAAGAACCACCCAGAAGCCUUCUUGGUGAGGUCGCUUUGGAGGGAAACAGGGAGGGAGGUGAGGCAGAGCAUGGGAGAGGACAGCGUCUCGCUUAUUCGGGGCUGGGAGCGAAUCCCACUUAAACCAGGGAAGGCAGCCGCCUCCUCUGACCUGUACAGUGAGCUGCUCAGCAGGCUCAGUUCUGCCUGCCCUAGGGGUUCCAGUGGUUGAGGACUGGUGUAGGUGUCCGAGGUACACCCAGUCGAGACUAUUCCCUCCCGGUGACUUCACACCCCUCUUGUGGGGGCAGGUUGUGGGCAGUACGACCUGAGCUCUGGCCCCCAGCCCCACUCAUCCUCCAGCCCAGCUGGCGAGUGGCCUUGUGCAGUCCCUGCCUCUUGGGCCCUGGGGCCCUCCUUUUAGAGAGAGAUGAUUUCUAUGGUCUUUUCUAACUUGGAGAUGCAUUUCCCCUGAAGGAAAGAAGCAUGAGGAUAAAUUUAGAGCUUACAAGGAGCUUUCUGAAACCUCCCUGCUUCCCCAAGGUUGAGGCCUCUUCUGACCAGAGUGAGUGGUAUUCACCCCCUAAUCAGAAAAACUGAAGCCUCCCCACCCCCCAAGUCUGGAGACAGAAGCUGCUGCUCUUACACUAACUGUGCCAAUGCCCAUGUUUACAUAAGUCUGGGGAAGGAAGGAGCCCGCCUGUGUCCCUGGAGAGAAGACGGUCAGUGGAGCGGGAUGUUGGCCUCCGAACUGCAUUUCAUUAUUUAUUUAUUUAUAAAAGGAACGGGCCAAAGUUUUAGGCUCUGUUUCUAGGUGCUGUUAUCAAAACCCCAGAUGAUUGUCAUAGAACAUUUGGAUCUUUGAGGAAAAUAGCUGGAAUCGUGAAUGACAGUGUGAUAAGCUACAUGUGUCAACAGAGACAGAGCUCCAGCUCCCUUCCCCCUCUGUGGCUGUAAUUGAUGUCCUAACACUUUGCAACGACCCACGUGAACUUAAACUCCACCACUUGGUCCAGUUCGUCAAAGGGACACAACCUCUGUAGGUAACCAGUGACGCUGGGAGAGGCAAGCUCAUCAUGAAACCCAGGUGGAAAGAAAUGAGAAUUAAUGGACCAGCCAACAGGGUAGCCUUGGGUACAUCACUCAGCCUUUCUGGACCUGCUGAUUCCCCAGCUAAGGCAGCGUGGGACAAUUGCUGGUGUCCUCUCUGCUAUACAUUCCAUGAUUCCCGGUCCCAGUGAUCAACCAGUUCAAGGACUGUCUGUGUAUUGACACUUCUCUUUAGUGCAGGCAAAAGAAGGAGCCUUUUGUCUGUCAAGGGACCACUGAAUAGUCAACAGCCACAAUUGGGCUUUUUUUUUUUUAUUUUUUUUUGAGGCCAUAACCAACUCAGUUUGCCUUUUAAUUGAGAAUAGAGAUUACGUGCCUUUGUUUCAUUUGACAUUUACUUGGUAUAUUUGAGUUCUAUGCUGUGGCUGGUGCAAAAGGGGGUCCGGGUGGGAGGGUGUGGUGCGGGUGUCUCAGAAUCAUUCUUUGCAAUUCUGAUUAACUUUCUGCAUUAAGUGAUUGGACUGCUUUUAUUUUAGACAUUUCAGGAAUGACUUGGGUUUUAGAGUCGCCUUUGAAACUUUGCUGACACUUCCUUUUGUCAUUAGAGGGUUGAGAGACUUCUCUGUUCUCUGAACUCCAGUCCUUGAAAGUUACCUUUGGAACCAGCAUUGCUGAGGGGGUACCCUUUUCUACUAAUUAAGAUCUGCCUUUGGCCUAAUGAGUAGCAUUAUAUAGUACAGUUUUUUUUAAAUUCCCCACUGUGGGGAGGUGAACUCGAAUAGAGUUUAACAGUAUGUCCUGGAGCAACUUUCAGAGACCACUUGGAACUGACAGGUCUCAGUGCCACACCAGAGGACAUAGAGCAGUUGAGGGGCCCUGAAAGUCCAGGGGGCCACUCCUCUGGCCCCUGUGCAGAGUGUAUGGACCUUCUUUUGGCCUGUGGGUGUGCUCCUCUGGUGGGGCUGCUGGCCCAGUAGUCAUCUGCUCUGGUUUCUACCAGGACCAGACUGGGCAGAGGAGGGGAGAGGCCUUUCUUCAGAACAGCUAACUGCCUGGCCUCGUGGUGCUCUUACCUGAUUGUUCCUGAGGGUGAUGUGUUUAGGAGCCUAGAUAACUGCUCUGGGGAACUAGCCAUUACCUAGAGCUAUUUGUCUCAAAGUGAGGUUCCUGGCUAGCCUGGGUGACACUGUUCCCCCCACCACCCCAACUCUGCAGCUCCUCACCUACCUGAGCUUAGGACUGAGGAGCAAAUGGCUGGGCAGCUCUCAUACUCUAAAGUUAAAGACUCGAAGAGACCAGGGUGGGCGCUGACCACACAGUGCCCACUUCAUGUGGGAAGGAGGCUUUUGCUUCUACUUGCUGGUGGAAACUGCCUGGUUCACUCACCCUGGCCCUGGGGGCUUCUGUUCUGAAGUUAUUUAAAUGAAGCUGUGGCUUCUGACCUGCUGCCCUCCCUUUGAGGAGAGGUCAAUAGGGCCCAGAGCUUGGACAUGUGGAUGGCCUGAGCAAGAGGGCUCUUGAGGCUGCUGGGACCAGUACCCUGGAAUGGCUGCCUAUCCCAAGACCCCUCCUCUGGCACCUUUUGGUGCCCAGAACUGCCCGUUGUAAGCCUGUGUAGACACAGAGGUAUCCAGCUGUAAGAACUGGGGAGGAGGUGAGGUCAGUGCCUCAUGGCUUCCUGGUCCUCUGCAGGCAAGUUCUGAUGAAAAAUCCCACAACUCCAGCCUGUCUGCCUGAAUGAAAAUCUGUUUCCAGUUGCAUUUGUUAAACAUUGUGUUCUUAACGCUAGUUUAGUAGCAACUGCCAGCCCAUGGAACCAGCUGCUGAAACUCGCCUGUGGUGUGGCCCUUGUGCAGCCACCCCAGACCUCCGACCUGGAAGGUCAGCUCACACAUCCUCAUCCUCAAGUCCUUCCUAGUCUCAUGAAAAAGGGAACCUCCAAUUUUUCCUGCGGCCUCCGGGAGAUGGGCUCAUUAAGGGACAAGGGGAAGAUUUUCAUCAAAGAUCUGGAAGUCCUCGCCGUCCCAGCCCAUGCCCUGCAAACCCGGACCCACAAACUGCAUAAAAUGGAGUGUUGGUGGCUGUUUGAGGUACACAAUAAAUGCCAAAAAAUUCA